AAAGGAGCAACCAAAAAUCCUGCCAGAUACAGCAAAAGGGAUAUUAAACUAGGGCUUAUAUCGGCCAUUAGUUCUGAUUACUGGUGAAGUUUCGAGGCGCAAAAUGGCCGUGAUGAUUGGAAUCGCUGUCAGAGUUUCUUGGUUUUGUUGCCUGCUAAUUGGUGGGAUAACCUGUUCUACAUCAAGCUCACUUAGGUCUAAAGGAUAUGGAAAAUACAUCUCUCCAACAGCUCAAUUGCAAGCGCAGCUGACCGAAGAGCAACAGAAACAUCUGGCCUCCAUCCUGCAAAAGCAACUGGCCCCCAUGCCCCAGGCACCUCAGAAAAUGUGGUAUCCAACUCAAAUGCCCCAGCAGGAAAAGCAACCAGCUACUGGGCCUCAGCAGCAGACGGAACUGACCACCAUGCCCCAGAAGCAACAGGCUCCAAUGGAUAUACCGCAGAAACAACCAACAGCUAUGCCCCAGCAAACAUGGUAUCCAGCUCAAAUACAGCAGAAGCAACCGGCCACCAUUCACCAGCAAGUGUGGCAUCCAGCUCAAUUGCCCCAGCAGCAAAAGCAACCAGCUACUGAACCUCAGCAGCAGAAGGAACCGGCCGCCAUAAGCCAGCAACCUCAGCAAGUGUUGCAUCCAGCUCUAAAGCCGCAGAAGCAACCGACUGCCAUGCCCCAGCAAGUGUGGUAUCCAGCUCAAAAGCCCCAGCAGCAGAAUCAACCCGCCGCUGAACCUCAGCAGCAGAUUGAUCUGACCUCCAUGCCCCAGCCUCAGCAAAUGUGGCAUCCAGCUCAAUUUCCCCAGGAGCAACCAGUCCCUAUGCGUCAACUGGCAGAAGGAUCUGACCGCCAUUCCACCACAACUGUGGCAUUCCGCUCAAAUGCCCCAGCUGCAUAAGCACCGGCUGCCAUGCUUCAGCAAGUGUGGCAACUGGCCCCCAUUCCCCAGCAGCCUCAUGAUGUGUGGUAUCCAGCUAAAAUGGUCCAGAAGCAACGAGCCGCUGCAACUCGGCGGCAGAAGGUACUGACCACCAUGCCUCAGCAAGUGUGGUAUCCAGCUCAAAUGCCCCAGGAGCAGAAGCAACCGGCCACCAUAACGCAGCAAGAGUUGCAUCCAGUGCACCUUCCCCAGCAGCAUCAGGAACCGGCCACCAUACCCCAGCAAGUGAGAUAUCCAGGUCAAAUGCAAACUGGCCCCAAUGCCUAUCCUGCAGAAACAACCAACAGCUAUACUCCAGCAAGCAUGGUAUCCAGCUCAAAUGUCCCAGCAGCAGAAACAACCAGCCCCAAUGCCUCAACCGCAGAAGGAA